UUUUAUCUCUCCCCCUCCUUUUUUGAUUUUUCCAAAAUUUUGUCAAAAUGGGAGAGGAGAAGCCAAAGCCAAUCGGAGGUGUAUGGCCGACGGUUAAGCCGUUUGUCAAUGGCGGAGCAUCUGGUAUGCUUGCUACAUGUGUCAUCCAACCCAUCGAUAUGAUUAAGGUUAGAAUCCAAUUGGGUCAAGGAUCAGCAGGCUCAGUGACAAAGACUAUGCUGAAGAACGAGGGUAUCGGUGCCUUCUAUAAGGGCCUGUCUGCUGGAUUGCUUAGGCAAGCUACAUAUACAACUGCCAGACUUGGUACAUUCAGGAUUCUGACAAACAAGGCACUUGAGGCGAAUGAAGGAAAGCCUCUGCCUUUAUAUCAGAAAGCUUUAUGUGGGCUGACUGCUGGAGCAAUUGGAGCGUGUGUGGGAAGCCCGGCUGAUUUGGCAUUGAUUCGUAUGCAGGCUGAUGCAACAUUACCUGCUGCCCAACGUCGUAACUACACAAAUGCAUUCCAUGCUUUGUAUAGGAUUAGUGCCGAUGAAGGAGUAUUGGCUCUUUGGAAAGGUGCUGGUCCAACCGUGGUUAGGGCUAUGGCUUUGAACAUGGGAAUGCUUGCUUCUUAUGAUCAAAGUGUGGAGUUCUUUAAGGACAAUCUUGGUUUUGGUGAGGGUGCUACAAUUCUAGGUGCGAGUUCUGUAUCGGGAUUCUUUGCUGCAGCGUGCAGUUUGCCUUUCGAUUAUGUGAAAACUCAAAUACAGAAGAUGCAGCCUGAUGCCACGGGGAAAUACCCUUACACGGGAUCUCUAGAUUGUGCCAUGAAAACGCUCAAGGCCGGGGGACCCUUCAAAUUCUAUACAGGGUUUCCAGUAUAUUGUGUUAGGAUUGCCCCUCAUGUCAUGAUGACAUGGAUCUUCCUUAACCAAAUUCAGAAGCUGGAGAAGAAGGCUGGAUUGUAAUUUUUGUUGCGGGAACAUAGAGUUGGUGUCGAGCAGUAUCAGAAAUAAACCGCCGUGUUGUACUUGUCGCGGAUUUUGGUUACUUACACCUCCAAGUAAAAUUUACAAGUCAUCUGAGUUCUUGUACCUUUUUGAAAUGAAGCAUAGAAUUGUUAUAAGCCAUUUGAAAACUAUAAUUCUUUAGGGGGUAGGAGUUCUUUUUUAAACACAUUAGCAAGUAUCAAGCUCCUGGUUUGUACCAUUUAUGGUUGGAGUGUUGAUUCAACAUGUUUUUUGAGCAAAUAAAAACCAAUGUGCCUCAGAAGUUUGGAGUGGAUUCAAAAGAAUUUAUAUG